GCGGUAAAUUUAACAACUUCCGCCGGGGGUUUAGACUUCCGAGCUAGAAUGGAGGUGGACGUCCUGGAAUUCCGGGUUCCAGCGGAGAGCAACAAGUUCUUGAUCGUGUGGGACAUACAGCCGGUUCUGACGGAGGCUCAGAUCUAUGAGCAGUUGUUUGCCGUCUUCUCGUCCUUCGGGCCUCUCUACCUGUUGAAGGUGUGUCCCAACGCUCCGGUCCACCCUCCCGGGUUCUACGCCCUCGUUAAGUUCUACUCUGCAGCUCACGCCUCGAUGGCUCAGAGACUCACUGACAGACGCUUCCUGUUCCAGAGCUCCGCCCUCAAGGUGAAGCUGAGCUCAAAAGAGACUCCUCACUUCCUGUCUGUCAGAAACACACCUCUGAGCCACGCCCGCUGCCUGGAACUGGCCAAUCACUGCCUGGGCUUCAACGGCUGGACCUCUGACAUCAUCACGCUGAAGGAGCUCACCAACGAAGAAGGCGAGAAUGAGGACGACGAUGUGGGCGGAGUCAGAGAGAAGAGGCUCAAGUUCGGCUGUUUGAUGCAGCUCACCUUCCCUCAACAUGGACUGAAGACAAGAGGAACCGCGGUGCUGGAGGAAAAGUUCACCUGCUCAGGUCCAGAUGUCCUCCUGCAGAGACGCUGUAAGCUGCAGAGGUUGGUCAGAGAGAAAGCUCUGGUUCAAGCCUUCUCCACGGUUCUGCUCAUACUUCUAGGUAACGGUAAAGUGAUGGUGGAGCUGAAACACACCUCUGAUCAGUUUGGAGAUGAAGAGACUGAAGGCGUCCUGCAGGUGAACCAGUUUUCUUGCUCGGAGUCUUCAGCUGAUGAUGAAGAGGAGUUUGUUGAUGAAGAGUGGAACCUGACGGCCUUGUAG